AUGCCCAAGUUCACUAAUGCAAACUUUCCCAUGACAGAGAAUGGCGAGACAUACCACGUCGGAACGAAACGUCAUGAUGUCGCCAGUAGAAUACUCUGCGUUGGAGAUCCCAAUCGGGCAAAGACUCUCUCCACGUUAUUUGACAAGCCAGGUCCAUUGUUUGAGAAAGCAACCAAACGAGGAUUUACGACAUUUACUGGCUACUACAAGGGGAAACCGUUAAGCAUUGUUGCUACUGGAAUGGGCUUCCCUAUGACAGAUUUCUUUGUUCGUGAAUGUAGGGCUGUUGUUGAUGGACCAAUGCUCAUAUGCAGAUUCGGCUCCUGUGGAGGCAUAUCGGACAGAACGCAUGUUGGGAAUAUGGCAGUCGCUACUAAGGGAUCCAUCAACAUUAUACGGAAUGUGGAUUAUUUCAGUGCUCUUGCUAAAGGGCUGAAACAUGCAGGCCCACCGUAUAUUAUAUCGUCGCCCGAACAGGCUGAUCCAGAAUUGUCGCAGUGUCUAAUCAAAUCGCUCAGUACGAAACUACGAACUCCGGUUAUUCCGUGUAUGAAUGCUACGGCGUGCUCGUUUUAUUCUUCUCAAGGUCGUCACGAUCCAUCCUUCUUGGACGAGAAUGAAACAUUAAUUGAAGAUAUUCGCAAAUCGCAUCCUGAAUGUGAGACUCUCGAAAUGGAAAGCUAUCAAUUGCUACAUCUAGCUGCUUGCUCUACGGGGAAGAGCAUUCGGGCCUCAGCCUGUACCAUGAUCUUCGCUGGUCGCAAGGAGAAUGAGUUUAUUACGCCUGAACAAGUAGAUGAGUUAGAGAUUACUGCUGGGAGAGCAAUUCUUGAUGCUCUGAUUACUUGCUCGCUGCCUGGCGAAGUCGAUAUGCUGAAAGGGUCUCCCAUUCUGAAGAAGGCAAAGAUGUAA